GCCAAGGCCGAGCAUUGCUGACGGAGAGGAGCCCCUCCAGCGGGCUGGCUAGCCUCGGCUUCUGGCGCCCGCCUGGACGGACCGGACACCAUCGCCUCGACGGCGCCUUGUUGGACUAUCCCUUAAUUUGCUCUGACCGCUCGAGCUUUUGUUUUUGCUUUUCUGUGUUAAUAACUCUUGUUAGCCACGCUUGCUUUCACUAUUUCCUGUUACCUUCUCACCUUGAGCUUCAGGCGAGACAAGAGCUGGUCAUUAGCCGACUCCCAACACCCCCUUCCCCCUGACCGAGACAAAAAUGUCGUCCAUUGCCCGGCUGGCACGUCCGGCCCUCCGGAGAGGCCAUGGAGUUGCGUCCGCGAGAAUAGCAGUCCCUGCACGACGAUGCAUGCCUUCAAGGACACUUGCUCCUAGCAUCCAAUACACAUCCCGCGCCUUCUCCACCACCCCGCCCCGCCGCUCCGACCUCGCCGGGCUCACGCCCACCCCUAUAACGCACCUGUCCGAGGAGGAGACGGCGAUGCGCGAUGCGGUGCAAAAGUUCGCCAACAACGUGAUCCUGCCCAAGGUCCGCGACAUGGACGAGGCCGAGGCCAUGGACCCGGCCAUCGUGGAGCAGCUGUUCGAGCAGGGGCUGAUGGGGAUCGAGAUCCCCGAGGAGUACGGUGGGGCCGGCAUGAACUUCACGUCGGCCAUCGUGGGCAUCGAGGAGCUCGCGCGCGUCGACCCGUCGGUCAGCGUGCUGGUGGAUGUGCAUAACACGCUCGUCAACACGACCGUGCUGCGCUGGGGCUCGGCCGACAUCAAGAAGCGGUUCUUGCCGCGCCUGGCCACCCAGACGGUCGGGUCGUUUUGCUUGAGCGAGCCCGUGAGCGGCUCGGACGCGUUCGCGCUGGCCACGCGGGCGACUGAGACGGCCGACGGGUUCACGAUCAAUGGGUCCAAGAUGUGGAUCACCAACUCGGUCGAGGCCGACUUCUUCAUCGUGUUUGCCAACCUAGACCCGUCGCAGGGCUACCGCGGCAUCUCGGCCUUCAUCGUCGAGAAGGGCACCAAGGGCUUCUCCAUCGCCAAGAAGGAGAAGAAGCUGGGCAUCAAGGCCAGCAGCACCUGCGUGCUCAACUUUGACGACGUCGAGAUCCCGCGCGAGAACCUGCUGGGCGACAAGGGCCAGGGGUACAAGUACGCCAUCGGGAUCCUCAACGAGGGCAGAAUAGGCAUCGCGGCGCAGAUGACGGGCCUCGCGCUGGGCGCGUGGGAGAACGCGGCGCGGUACUGCUACAACGACCGGCGCCAGUUCGGGCAGCUCAUCGGUGAGUUCCAGGGCAUGCAGCACCAGAUGGCGCAGGCCUACGUCGACAUCGCGGCCGCGCGCGCGCUCGUGUACAACGCGGCGCGCCGCAAGGAGGCCGGCGAGGACUUUGUGCGCGACGCCGCCAUGGCCAAGCUGUACGCGUCCCAGGUGGCCGGGCGCGUGAGCGGCCUGGCCGUCGAGUGGAUGGGCGGCAUGGGCUUCGUCCGCGAGGGCCUGGCCGAGAAGUUCUUCCGGGACAGCAAGAUUGGUGCCAUUUACGAGGGUACCAGCAACAUUCAGUGA